UUACCCGCCCGGGGAGAGAGGGAGAGAGAGAGCGCGAGCGAGCAGCUUGCGGGGCUCCCGCAGCCUCGGCUCCCCGCAGCCGCCGUUGCUCGUGGGGGACAGGCAGCAGGCCUCCCGCGUGCAAGCCGCCUCGGGUAGGUUUAAAUGUUAUACUGGACACGUAUUUCUUCUCUAAGCAGCAUCAGUCCAACAAGCAUAAUGUGGCACUCCUUCCUUUUUGAGAAGAGGUGAAUAUUAUUGAACAAAAAUGGCUGACAAGAGUGGGAAGAGUGUUCCAGGACAAGUGUAUAUCGAAGUCGAGUAUGCUUAUGAGUAUGAAGCAAAAGACAGAAAAAUUGCGAUAAAGCAAGGCGAGCGAUAUAUCCUGGUGAAAAAGACCAACGAUGACUGGUGGCAAGUCAAACCGGAUGAGAAUUCCAAAGCAUUUUAUGUGCCCGCCCAGUAUGUGAAGGAGGUGACCCGCAAAGCCCUGAUGCCACCUGUCAAGCAGGCAGUCCCGCUGCCAAAUAACUCUGCGAAAAUCACACAGAGUCUGCAUCUGCAGAGAUCCACCGAGAAUGUGAACAAACUGCCUGAGCUCUCAAGCUUUGGAAAGCCAUCCUUGCCUGUUCAAGGAACGGGACUAACUCGCGAUGCCAAUCAGAAUUUUGGGCCGAAUUACACGGCAGGCCAGACAUUGAAUCUCAGCCUGGAUCUGACGCAUAAUAAUGGGAAGUUUGUGAACAGUGACUGCCAUUCUCCUAAAGUUUCCAGCCAGAACAGAACGCGGUUAUUCGGUCACUUUCCGGGUCCAGAGUUCUUGGAUAUAGAGAAAACGAGCUUCUCCCAGGAGCAGUCUUGUGAUUCUGCGGGUGAAGGCUCAGAAAGAAUACAUCAGGAUUCAGAAUCUGGGGAUGAACUGAGCAGUAGCUCCACUGAACAGAUAAGGGCAACAACACCUCCAAGUCAAGGACGGCCAGAAUCUCCUGUUUAUGCUAAUCUUCAAGAACUGAAAAUCUCCCAGUCAGCUCUUCCCCCUCUUCCUGGGAGCCCGGCCAUUCAGAUUAAUGGUGAAUGGGAAACUCAUAAAGAUAGUUCAGGACGUGCUUAUUACUAUAACAGAGGAACACAGGAAAGAACUUGGAAACCACCUCGUUGGACCCGGGAUACAAGCAUAGGCAAAGGAGAUUUCCAAAAUCCAGGAGACCAAGAGCUUCUUUCAUCAGAAGAAAACUACCCCAGCCUUUGUUUCAGCCAGUCAGAUAGUCAGUAUGGUUCUCCUCCAAGGGGUUGGUCAGAAGAGUUGGAUGAACGUGGGCAUACCCUAUAUACCAGUGACUAUACUAAGGAAAAGUGGCUCAAGCAUGUUGAUGAUCAAGGCAGACAGUAUUACUACAGUGCUGAUGGGUCUCGGUCAGAAUGGGAACUGCCAAAGUAUAAUGCUUCAUCCCAGCAGCAAAGAGAAAUAAUAAAGAGCAGGAGCCUGGACAGGCGGCUGCAAGAACCAAUAGUGUUAACAAAAUGGCGGCAUAGCACCAUUGUAUUGGACACCAAUGACAAGGAAUCUCCAACUGCCUCAAAACUCUGCCUUCCAGAAAAUGAAUCUUCUCCCUCCUCAUCAAAGCAUCAAGAUACAGGUCAAGAGAAAUAUGGAUCAUUAAAUGUAACAAAAAUUACCGAGAAUGGGAAAAAGGUUCGGAAAAAUUGGUCAUCCUCUUGGGCUGUGUUGCAGGGGUCAUCUUUGCUCUUCACCAAAACCCAAGGAGGUAGUACAAGUUGGUUUGGGAGUAAUCAGUCCAAACCAGAGUUCACAGUGGACCUUAAGGGGGCAACGAUCGAGAUUGCUUCGAAGGAGAAAUCCAGCAAAAAGAAUGUAUUUGAGCUGAAAACCCGCCAAGGAACAGAGCUGCUAAUUCAGUCUGAUAAUGAUUCUAUUAUCAACGAUUGGUUUAAAGUUAUCAGUAACACUAUCAGUAAUCAGACAGGUGAAAAAGAUGAAGCUUUUGAAGAGGAGAUCCCAGAUUCGCCAGGAAUAGAAAAGCAUGAUAAAGAAAAAGAACAUAAGGAGCCUAAAAAACUUCGUUCCAUGAAAAUGUCUAGCAUAGAUUCCUCAGAACAGAAGAAAACCAAGAAAAAUUUAAAGAAGUUUCUUACUCGACGGCCCACUCUGCAAGCUGUUCGUGAGAAAGGUUACAUUAAAGACCAGGUAUUUGGAUGCAAUAUUGCCAGUUUGUGUCAGAGAGAGAAUGGCACAGUCCCGAAGUUUGUGAAGUUAUGCAUUGAGCAUGUUGAACAAUAUGGUUUGGAUGUGGAUGGCAUUUACAGAGUAAGUGGUAACCUCGCUGUGAUCCAGAAGCUGAGAUUUGCAGUUAAUCAUGAUGAGAAAUUGGACUUAAACGACAGUAAAUGGGAAGAUAUUCAUGUCAUCACUGGAGCCCUCAAAAUGUUUUUUCGAGAAUUACCAGAACCUCUUUUUACAUUUAAUCAUUUUAAUGAUUUUGUUAAUGCAAUUAAACAAGAACCGAGACAGCGAGUUUCUGCUGUUAAGGACCUUAUCAAACAGUUGCCAAAGCCAAAUCAAGAAACGAUGCAGGUUCUUUUUAGACAUCUUAAAAGAGUUAUAGAAAAUGGAGAAAAAAACCGAAUGACCUAUCAGAGUAUAGCAAUUGUUUUUGGUCCUACUCUGUUAAAGCCAGAGAAAGAGACUGGUAAUAUAGCAGUUCAUACUGUCUACCAAAAUCAGAUUGUAGAAUUAAUUCUUCUGGAAAUAAAUUCCAUCUUUGGACGCUGAUGCUUGCUGAAGACAGCCUGUGGAAUAGAAGCUGAAUUCCAUCGGAUUUCACAUCCUUUCUUAUGUUGUAUUUCAUUUUUGGACCAAGCAGUGACUCUUUGAUUUUGCACUUUUUUGAGGGGCAAGAAGGGAAUGGGAGAGUCAAGACGUAUAUUAAACCCUCAUAUUUGCUGCUUUGUUGCAAGUUAAUAUAACUGUAUGUGAUCUUGAAUUAAUUCUGAAUUAAUUUUAUCUUGAAUGUUUGCAUUUCAUACUCUGAAUUUCAGUAAAAAGCAAAACUUGUCAUUCUGACCAGUCGUAUACACUGGAUAAUUUGGUAAGGAAGCUACUGUGUUUGGUUUGAGUUUUUAAUUUUUUUUUCCCUUAAACUGGAUAAUGUAGACUUUCCUCUCAUGAUGCAUUAGGUUCAUUACUUAAUAGAAUAAUAUUUAGUAUCAGUUUUAUUAAAAAUACUUGGGCAUUUAAAAAAAAAGUAUCUGUUUAGAAACCUGUGUAAUCCUUUUUCAGGGUUUCUUCAUGCAGUAGCAGUUUCAGUGCUAAAAUUUCUUAGAGCACACCUUUAAUCCCCGGAUGAAGGCUUGCUAUUUUGUUCUGUGCUGCACGGCAUCCUCAUUGGAUUUCUUAGUUGGCUUGUCUGAGCAGUACACUAAUGUUACUUCAAACACUGUGAUAAACUGGGGUUUUAUUUAGCAUAAGUCAUUUCAGGGUAUUUGGGGGUUGCCUGUGCUACACUGAUUUGUGUAGGUAGCAAUCCUAAUUAUAUCUUGUGCCAUACUGAGCUCUUGGUAUGACCCUGUGGAAAUAGACUUUAUUUUAUGUAAAUACAGGCUAAAAAGACAAUAUCUUUUAGCUUAUGUAUAUAAUUGUGUUGUAUAGUCUCAAGAGUUCAUUCUAACCUUACAUUUCUAAUCACUAUACUGGUAAUCCUUUCAGUGAAUAUGAGGUUUCCUCCAGAAAUAGGCCCUUAUUUGAGAAAGUUAACUGUGCACUUUUAGAUUUUAAUUAUAUUUACAGGCAAAUCACUGUAAUGCAAAUGGUACUGGAAAAAUACCGAAUAGAAUUGCUAGAUGCUCAAUGCACUACAAGGGGAACCUUUUAGGUUAUUUAAUAUGUACAGAAUACAUUAGAAAAAUUUAUUACAGAAUUCUAACUGCCAUAUGAAUAGUGGAAACCCAUAUGCAAAUUAGAUAGAUGUCAGAUGUGAAAUGACAUUACUAAAUUUGAGAAUUUCUUUUUACAUUACUAAUAUAGAUUGAUUUGUAUAAUAAAACAGGGUCUGAAAGGUUUUGUUACAGAGAGCGUGGUUGUCUGUUGGAGAUUUUUUUAAUUGUAUUUUUCUAGAUUAACUGCUGUACAUGAAAUGUCUAAUCUGAAUAAAACUAUAAGAGGUUUAGAGAUUUUUCCAUUGGAAAUGUGCAUUUUGGUUUCUCAUUUUGUUUUUGAUUUUGCAUUUACUGGCAUAUUUUUAAUACCUCACUUUAAGAAAUCAACUGAAUCUGGUAUUUUCUGUGGUGAAUACAUUUUCUUCAUUUCACACCUUCUCUAUUUCCUGCUAUGUCAACAACCUUUGUCACUCUUUCCCUACUUACUUCUUCAUCAAUUUUCAAAGUGAUUAGUUUGUAACCAAGGUUCUUUUUCAUAGGAUGUAUAUUUAUAAUUUACAGAUUGCCUUCACAGGAACACUGACUGCCCACCUGAGCAGUCCUGGAGAGAGAGCGUGCAGCCAGAGAAUCAAAAGAACCAGUCAUUUUUGUAUGAUCUGUCUAAAAGUCUCACCCGAGUUUUGUGAUAAAAGUAUUGUUUGUUGUUGUUCGUUAACAAAUGAAGCUACCUGACAGGUAUGGGAACAGAUUGUUUUGGGCAGGGAGUCAAAGCCCCUAAAUUAAAACAUUUAUAUUUGCCUAAGAAUUACCUUAAUAAUAUACUAUGUUUAGGACUGGAUUAUAAUGUGGUUGUACACCAGGAAAAUAAUUAGAUUCAAAUCAGUGAUGUUUUUCUGUUGAUAGUUGUGAACAUAUCAAAGUUGAAAUUUGUCCUGUGUUUCUUGUUUGUGUAUGUGAAGUCUUAAAUGUUGUAUAAGUCUACAGCUAAUCAGUUUAUUAUAAUAUUGUAUGUGUGAUGAGAUCAGUUUCUUGUUUGUUUUUUUUUAAUUUGUGAAUUAAAAGUUCUCACUUUUUUUGGUAAUAACAAAAGCAGUAAUAUUUUCCUGUCUUGACAGCUUGAUUUUU